AUGCCUCUGGGCGCCCUGCUGGCCGGCCCUGCCGCCGGCUGGGCCAUGCAGGCCGUGGGCCGCCGCUCGACGAUGGUGGCGGCGGCGCUGCCGGCCAUCACCGGCUGGCUGCUGCUCGCGUACGCCGGCUCGCUGGCCGCGCUGCUCGUCGGUCGGCUGCUAACCGGGCUGGCGGCCGGCUGCGCCACACUCGUCGCGUCGCCCUACACGGCCGAGGUGGCCGAGGCGCGCGUGCGCGGCCCCAUGGGCGCGAUGAUCGGACUGCAGCUGGCACUCGGCAUCCUGGUGUCGUACACGGCCGGCAAGUACGUCGCCUGGCGGUGGCUGGCGGUGGCAUCGGGCGCCGUUUCGGUCGCCUGGCUGCUCAUGGUGGUCGCCAUCUGCGAGUCGCCACUGUGGCUGCUGCAGCGCAGCCAGCAGAGUCAGGCUCGAACCACGCUCGGCUGGCUGCGCGGCGGCCGCAGCGACGCCGACGUCCACCGCCGCCCGCUGGCCACCGUCCUGCUGACGCUCAGCCUGCAGCAGGCGUGCGGCAUCAACGCCGUCACCUCCUACGCCACAGAAAUCUUCCAGGAGUCUGGCAGCAGCGUCGAGUCGAACACGGCCGCGAUCCUGGUGGGGCUGACGCAGGUGGUCGGCACGGUGGCCGGCGUGGCGGCCGUGCACCGCUUCGACCGGCGGUCGCUGUUGCUGACCUCGGCCGUGCUGAUGGCGCUGUCGCUGCUCGCGCUCGGCGCCUACUUUCAGCUGCAGGCGAGUCGGCCGGACGUGUCGGCUAUCGGCUGGCUGCCACUUGCCUCCAUUGUCGCCUUCAUCAUCGCCUUUUCCAUCGGGCUCGGAUCCAUCCCGUACCUGCUCAUGGGUGAGGUGUUCUCGGCGGAGAUUCGGGAUGCGGCCAGCGGCGUAGCCGUCUUCUGUAACUGGACCUGCGCCGUGCUCGUAACGCUGACGUUCGCACCGCUCGAACACGCCAUCACGACCGCCGGCGUGUUCUGGAUGUACGCCAUCAUCUGCCUGCUUGGCGCGGUCGCCAUGCACUUCGUCGUGAUCGAGACGCGCGGCAGGACGUUGGAUGAGAUCCAACAGCAGAUGCUCGGCUGACACACUGUC